AAUAGUGGUUAUCAUUCUUUUACGAAAGUUAUCGUAUACACUAAAUUAUGUUCCAUAUUAGUGUUAACGUGAGGAAAUUAUGUUAAACAUUUUGUUUUCGCAUUCCCCUUGUCGAUUAUUAAUAGACAGUCAAACGACAUGGACACUUUUGCGCCGCCUGGGAAAAACGUUGGCGGCAACGCCGACAGGGAAAGCUCAAUAAUUCCGACAGGAAAAGUGCGCUGCACGUUUUGCGGACGUCCGAGGCCGCAUAAACAUUACAACCGUCGAACAUGGCACAGUCUCAAGUCAGACAGAAUUUCCACAAGGACUGCGAAGAUGCCAUUAACAAACAAAUCAACCUCGAGUUGUAUGCGAGUUACACCUACUUGUCUAUGGCGUAUCAUUUUCAUCGAGAUGACAUAGCUUUAAUGGGCUUAUUCAAAUACUUCAAAGCAGCAUCGGAAGAAGAAAGGGAGCACGCUUACAAACUGCUGGAGUACAUGAACAAACGCGGUGGAAGAAUAAACUUGACACCCAUCGAGGCACCUGAAAAGCAGGAAUGGGGCACGGCCCAAGAAGCCAUGGUGGCCGCCCUAGAGUUAGAGAAAAAAGUCAAUGAGAGUCUACUAUCGUUGCACAGUGUGGCUUCAAGUCAUAUGGAUGUGAAUUUGUGCGACUUCCUGGAGACCUACUAUCUUCAAGAACAAGUGGAUGCGAUCAAGGAGAUUUCUGACCACGUUACCAACUUGAAGAGGGUUGGCGAAGGACUUGGAGUCUUCAUGUUUGAUCAGAAAUUAAGAGAGGCUGAUUAAUUAAAUUGAAUAUACACUUUUGAACAAUAUUUAUUGGAACACAUUUAUUUGUUGCAACAAGUAAUGGAGAGACCAAAAUGCUGUGAUGUAUGACUAGUCAAUAUUUUGUAUAGGAAAUUUAAUUAUGUGCUUUGGUUUCAAUUAUGAAAUUUUAAUAUGUGAACGUGUAUGUCUUCUCUACAUUAUUUGUUGGUGCAUGCUGCUUUUAUUAUGUAUUUUACAAUAGGUGAUAAGUAAAAUCAAAAUAUUGUAAAUUUAUUGUCAUCUGUUGUGAUAGAUUGUGAUUAUCUCAUAUACAACGUUGUCAAUUAAGUUCAAUACAAUAAAAUAAAGAACUAUAUGUCAAAA